CAUGGCGGCGGUUCAAAUUGUUGUCAAACUUGGUCUAAAAUUUAAAACGUUAAACAUGUGCUGUUCUUCAGCUAACGUACAGUUAGCGAAGCUGUGUGCGUAGCUAAUUUGUAAUCUUCACACAAACUGAAAAAAAGUAGGUGUAAGCGAAAUAGAAAUGGUGGAAUGGAAGAUUUUAGGAUUAACUUGAUGUUGGCAAACUUCAAUGCAAAAGCCGGGUUAGCUUGCUAAUGCUAACUCUGAUUUGCAUUACAGAUGUAUUUUUAUUGUUAAUUAACUGUUAGUUUGACAGAACUUGGGGGUAGUUUUUAUCGUAAUUACUGCACAGGUCUUUCAGAAUGGUCCCACGAUUUCCGUAGGACAGGAAAAUCAGAGGAGAGACUCGGUUGUUUUAGGUUCAGCCCGACACCGCAGCGAUUUAACCACCGAGAUGUCCCAAACCAAGACCAAAGGAUCAACUGGUUAAUCAUGGAAACAGUAGAUUAUAUGAUAAUUAAGUUAUUGUUCAAUGAAGCCAUCCCUGCAAGCACCAGCAACCGUGCCAGCCAUGUACGCCCGCCAGCCCCCAUUGUGAUUGAGAAGCUGCUGCCGAUGUCAGAGGAGCGUGAGACUAUGGGCAGCAGCAGGAGUUCCAUCAACUUCACCGCGCUAUCUGAGGACAGUCUGCAGGCUGCUGUUAAGCUAGCAAAGCGAGAUCUGAGACGAAGGCGCCUUGAGUCACUGAUAAAAUCUCCUGCCAAACCUUCUCAAGAGGCCUCCCUCCUUGAAACAAGUGAUGCAGAACUGCUUCAGGAGCUUGCAGCCACUCCAAAUAAGGCAAAGUUAAAGGCCUCCAGUCCAAAAGAGAAAUCAGCCCAUCUUGCAGCAAAACAAACAUCCCAUAAGCGUCCACUGCCUCGGGCUGGUCAGUCACCGCCAACCAGAGAUCCAGGCCCAAGGCAGUUGGAAGGAGGCAAACAGGCUCCUUUAAGCCAGGAAAUCCACAAGCUGCAAAAUGAACUAGAAGUUUAUAUUCAGAAAGUAGAAGAGCUGGCCAACAGAGCAACAGGGGAAAAAAUGGACAAGCCACUGGAGCCUGAAGAGCGAAACAAGUUGGAGAUGCGCAGACAGAAGCAGGCAGCCCGCUCAGCACGUGUCAUCUAUGUUCUCCAGCAACAGGUAAAAGAGAUACAAGAAGAUAUAGAGAAACUACGAAGCCAGAAAAUGUGGGACACCAAAAAGUCCACUGCAAUAAACAGGCUUGCGGCUGCCCACCGUGGAGCACUCAGGGCUUUACAAGUUGUCAUCCACCAGCUUUCAGAUCUGUCUCAUAGCAAGGUACCUCCUCACUACAAAGAGCUGGGCCAGCUGAUUCGCCAGCUCUCUUUGUGUUCAGCAAAGGUCGAAGUGGACGAGGGUUCAGCUGUGCCUGAGACGGCCCUCGACAUCCUGCAGAAACUAGAGACUUUGGAUUCUGCCCUCAGUAAACAAGAGAUGCUCGAAAAAAUGCAAGCCCAAACAUUCCCUCCACACAGGAAGUCUCCUCAUCGCAGCAUGUCACCUAGUGUGCUCAAGGAUCCCAGGACCUCAGCUGUUCAAGGACCUCGCAAACCCGCAAAUCCCAAAAGAGGUGUCCGUGGUAGGAGAAUGGCCCCACAGAAGCCCAAAACUGCUUCUACCCAGCCCAUGAACAGAAGAGAGGUGCUGAGGGCCGGCUUACAGAGCCUCGCCCAGCAGAGGGAGCUGAGAGAGCUCCAGGGACGACCUCAGACAAACACCACCUACAGAAAAGGACUGCACUCCGAGAGAAGAAAGGCUGACAUUAUAAUGGAGUGUAACCAGAUGGGCGGUGCAGGCUUCCAGCAGCCCACAGUCUCCUCUCGGCUCAGAGUGAACGAGCUCCCUCAAAAAGAGCACUCUGUGCCCUGGAUACCUACAUCCCCUCACUCUCCUCCUCCACAGCGUAGAUCUCCUCAAAGGGCGAGACCAGAGCCUCGAUGUCUCUUCUCACCAGUGAAGCCCUCAACAAGCCCUCCAAAUCAGAAGGCUGCUGGUGGUUUUGGAGCAGAGCUGGUCCUAAACUCAGAAAAGAAGAAGCAAGCUCAGAAUGAAGCAUUAAGGAAAGCCUGGCUGGAUAAGAUGACGAUGCAGAGACUGAAAGAGCUCAACCAGCUGAGUAAAGAGGAGGCUGAACGCAUUCAGAGAUUGAGGUCUGAAGUGGUCUCGCCAACUCAGUGGGCUGAGAGAGCUGAGCAGAAGGCCAGGGAGAGAAUUCAGCCCCUACUGAAUGAAGCACAGCAGAUUGGCGAGUCCAGGAACAGGAUCAGCUCCUCACUGAGAAAUCGGCUGUCUGAGCAGGCUGCAGAGAGGGCAGCAGAGACUGCUGAGCAGCUGAGUGAGGCACUGCUGGAAGAUCUGUUGGAGGACACUGCACAGGCAGCGUGGGCAGCUGAGGCAGACGGACAGUUGGAGGGCAUGGCCCAGCGUAGGCUUCAGGCCCCCACCCUGGAGAGUAUGCUGCUUCGUAUGGAGGAGAUACAGAGGGAUCAGGAGGAAGUAAGGAGACGGUUUGCUUCUAUCACCUAUUCCGACCCUCUUUACUGGGACCGACCAGGACCAGCAGGUAAAAAAAAAAAAAAAAAUGAACCCCAGUGCCAAGCUCUGGGCUCCAGGCCAGCCUCUCCUCAGCCAAUUAGGCUUACCAGGCCAGUGCUGAAACAGACCUCUGCAGCUGAUAUUGUCCUAGAAAAACCCGUGGAGACUGGUUUUUUGUCUGAGAGCAGCCUAACAGAAGAGGCAUCCCAAGACAAGCAGCAGCCCAGAAACAGCACCACAUUCCCAGGCCCAGUGGAGAAAAGCAGGGGGACUGUUAUCUCUGUGCCAGGCAGCAUGCUGAGAAACAUUCAACGGUACCGGGAAGACUACGAGGCCUACCUGCGUGUUGUGGCUCACGAAGCCGUCGGCAGCUUUAACCCCUGGGCCGUCGCAAACAGCCUGGCAGACGAGUUACUGUCUGAGGCUCUGGCUGACGUGGCAGCAGAGUUUCAGGACGUUGUGGAGGAGUACGCCGAAGCUGUCUUUACCUCAGAGUUUCUUCAGCCAGUCCAGUCACCCCCUGCUGCAGCUGCAGCUUUGGUCAGCCAAUAGGAUGUUACAAGCAUCGUGGAUGUGGUAGUUUCUUACACAUUGCUAUAAUACGUAUUUAUUUUGUUGGUGAAUCUGCGUUUUCAGAUCAGGUUCAUUUUGGUGACCAUGGACACAAUUUUUCUAUAGCUUUGCAAGUUUUACAUGCAGAUAUUUAAGUUUGGAAUGAAACUCAUCUGAUCUGAAAAUGUGUUGAUAGAUCACCAUUAAGACAGCAUAUGACUUAAUUUAAUUGGGAUUGUCAGUAUAUAUGCUGCAGCAGAUGAGAUUGUUGAAUUGCACAUGGAGCAUUAGUCCCAUUACUCUUUAUGGUCCCUCUGUAGCUGUGAUUGAAUUCCUCUGGGAAAGUUAGUUUAGUUUAGAUAAGCUUGGAGAGACCAUCACGACAUUACAGAGGAUUAUAAGAUUACCGCCCUUCCCUUGCACUUAGUUUAAAUCUCCCUGAGGAUUACUCACACUAUUUUCAUGUUGGAAUAUGGAAAUAAAUUAAUUGUAUACGGUCUCCACCAGAAUGAUUUAGGAUAAGCUGAGGGCAUCAUGUGGUUAAUCUAUUGUAACUUGAUUUCCUCCUUUGCUUUAAUAUCUAAAUAAAGGGUGUAAACACA